AUGGAGGUCGACAUUGCGCCCCAGUUUGGCGCUGAAUUGAAGGAUGGUUACAAGACAGUCAACGCCUGGGUUACCGGCGGCAUCUCUUGGCUGGACGACAUCCAACAGUUCUACCGGGAACGAAGCGCGAUAGAGAAGGAAUAUUCGGCAAAGCUCAGCGCACUAGCCAAAAAAUAUUAUGAAAAGAAGGCGAGGAAAGUAAGCAGUAUAAGUGUUGGCGACACUCCUACAGUGACCCCAGGCUCGCUCGAGAGCGCAUCCAUGACCACAUGGGGAGUCCAGUUAAGCACACUAGAAUCCCGCGCCUCCGAGCACGACCAAUUCGCUGGCGCUCUCAUCAACAAACUCGCCGACCCGUUGAAGCACCUCGGCACGCGAUACGAGGAAUUACGGAAGUUACACGGCGACUUUGCUGCCAAGCUCGAAAAGGAGCGUGAUAGUCAGUAUGCUGAGUUGCGUAAACAGAAAGGCAAAUAUGAUAGUGUCUGCCAAGAAGUGGAGAGCCGCCGCAAAAAGGUUGACGGUGCUUUCGAUCAUGGCAAAGGCAAGGCACGGAACGCUUUCGAACAGCAACAGGUUGAGAUGCGCAACGUCAAGAACACUUAUAUCAUUAGCAUCAACGUAACCAACAAGCAAAAGGAAAUGUACUACCACGAGUAUGUUCCCGAGCUUUUGGACAGCCUACAAGAUUUAUCAGAAACAAGAGUCAACAAGCUGAACUCGAUAUGGUCCCUAGCCGCGCAAAUCGAAACGGACACUCUCACACGGAGUACCGACUAUAUGAAGCAUUUAUCAGCUGAGAUCCCCCGCAACAACCCUCUACUUGAUUCGAUGAUGUUCGUACGCCACAAUGCUGGUUCGUGGCAGGAGCCCGGAGAUUUCCAAUUCGAACCUAGUCCGGUCUGGUUGGAUGAUAGCAGCAUUGCAGUCGACGACUCCGCUACAGUCUUCCUACGCAAUGUGCUCACAAAGACGAAAGCCUCGCUAGGAGACUAUCGGCGAGAGCUGGAGAAAAAACGAAAAGAGGUAGAAAACGCAAAGACCGUGCGGCGAAAUAUUCGGGAAGGAAAAGAUAAACGCGAUGAAGUAGAUGUCGUUCGCGCUGUCUUCGCUAUCCAGGAGGCUAUGCAUGAAGUGGAGCGACAAAAAGUUAGCGCUGAAGUGGAAGUCUCCACCAUUACUUCAGUCGUGGGUGACCUCAGCAUUGGCGCGAGGAAUCACAAUUUCAAGUCUCAGACGUUCAAGAUACCCACAAAUUGUGAUUUGUGUGGUGAUCGAAUAUGGGGCUUGUCAGCGAAAGGGUUCGAUUGCCGAGAUUGUGGUUACACAUGCCACAGCAAGUGCGAGAUGAAAGUGCCAGCGAAUUGUCCUGGUGAACAGUCCAAAGAAGAGAAGAAGAAGUUGAAGGAAGAGCGACAAAAGGCUACACAUGCAGUAACAGCUACGAAUGGCACUGCAACCGGCUCAAACGCCGACAUGCCACGGCUGGGGAGAAGCGACACAGUAAACUCCAUGAACACUCUCAGUUCGGGCUAUUCAGCAACAGCACACCGAUCUAUCUCUGGAGGAAUGUCACCAACCGCAGAAGAGCCAGCACCGGUAGAAAAGAAGGCAGCGCCAGCGCCAGGUCCUAGGAGGAACCGCAUGAUCGCACCUCCACCUGCGCAUUAUGUCAAGGAUGGCGAUGAUGUUCCUCCACCUACACCAAAGGGUAACGAAGUGAAAGGAAGGAUGCUGUACGCAUAUCAAGAAAACAGCGAGGGUGAACUAACUGUCGCUGACGGACAGGAGGUGACCAUUUUGGAACCCGAUGGUAGGUCUUUUGCGAAUCUGUCUCCUAUGUUCCAAAUUCUCUUGGGCGCAGUGCUCACAAAUGACUACACAGACGGGUCCGGGUGGAUCAAAGUCCGCGUUGGCUCCAAGGAAGGCCUCGUACCUGCGUCGUAUGUGGAGAUCUUGGCCCCAACACCACCUACAACGGCCUCGACCUUCUCGUCGAAUCGUCCGGACUCGACGUACUCUGCAUCGUCAGCCUCAACGACCAACCUCAGUGCUGCCAUCGUUGGCAAAAAGAAGGGCCCGGCUGUUGCUCCGAAGCGAGGAGCAAAGAAGUUGAAGUAUGUGGAAGCUCUCUACGACUACGCUGCUACAAGCGAAGCGGAACACUCUAUGGCUGAAGGAGAACGAUUUGUACUUAUCAACAUGGAUGCGGGAGAUGGAUGGGCAGACGUUGAGCGGGAUGGUGUUGUGCGCAGCGUCCCGGCAAACUAUGUUCAGCAGGUAUAG